CAAUCUGGUCACUAAGACUUAUGUCUACAGAUGGUGUCCUGUCUUCACUCAAUAUUGUAAGGCAAUAUAUUUGUAAUUAAUCUGUAUCUGGUCUUUGGUACGUCGUCUCAAAGGAUCUGUGUGACAUCAACGAAUGAGGUGUUGAAUUAAGCCCUACUUAGCAUCUUAGUGUGUAUAAAAGCCAGCAAACUGAGUUUGAUUUAACUUGGCUGGUCCAGUGCCAGACAUACGCACUCUCAUUUGGAAGCAAAUUCUAGCAAAUUCUGGAUUUCGUUGAGAAAACACAAGAAGUAAACAGAUUUCAGUUUGUUUACAAAGAAGCUGUGAUGAACGUUUCAAAACUCAUGCAGACUUGUUCAAUGGGCUCACCUCGCCUUUCAGAGGACACUGGCCCCUGUGCCAAAGCCCCUCAGGUCGCAAGGAUCAGGGUUCAGCUGGAAACAUACAGGCUUUGGCAACAGUUUGACCAGCUUGGCACUGAAAUGAUAGUUACAAAAGCUGGGAGGAGAAUGUUUCCUACAUUUCAAGUACAAAUCACAGACAUGGACCCUGCAGCAGAUUAUGUUCUCCUCAUGGACUUCAUUCCAGUGGAUGACAAGAGAUACAGGUACGCUUUUCAUAGCUCUUCAUGGCUCAUGGCGGGUCGUGGAGAUGUUGCAAUCCCAGGUAGAGUGCACUUUCACCCAGAUUCGCCAGCACGUGGAUCCCAGUGGAUGAAACAAACUGUCUCAUUUGACCGCCUCAAACUCACCAACAACCUUCUGGAUGACAAUGGCCAUAUCAUCCUGAACUCCAUGCACCGCUAUCAACCAAGGCUGCAUAUAGUGUUUGUGGACCAAAGUAGGGACAGUCAGCGCUCGGCUCACCGCAACUUCUGCACAUUCUCCUUCCCAGAAACAAGGUUCAUUGCAGUCACCGCCUACCAGAACCACAGGAUCACACAGCUGAAGAUAGCUAGCAAUCCAUUUGCUAAAGGCUUCCGUACAACUGAUGCUAAUAACUGGUUUGAAGGGUCCAAGUCUCAAAUUUCUCAUUCCCUUCUGCAUUUGCACUCUCAAGAGAGCACACCACACCCAGGCAUGUCUUCUGAGGAGCAGAGAACGGAAAACCAGCAUGUAAACCAUGGAGCAACCAGUACUACUGAGAGGAAGAGGAGGAGGAGACAUGCUCAUGUCCACACAUCUCCUGUUGUUCCUCUGCCUCACUGUCAGUGGGACGACUCUCUUCAGAGACCAGACAGAAACCACCUUGGCUAAAGAAAAGUCAGCAUGUUUCUGUUUCAUAGUUUUCUUGUAAAGUCAUCUUAUAAUCUCCUGAUAGUGCAUGAUGUGUGUAAUUAAUGAGUGUGUAAAGACUUUUGUUUGCUUCAACAAUCUUUCUUUGACUGAUAAUAAACUUCUGGCCUAUUCCUCAGAAUCAAUAAACACUGAUUUGCAUCCUAACAAGCAUUU